CAUGUACAUGGCUUUGUAGUCCUUUCUUUGCAAUUUUUUUCCAUUUUUUGUGCGAUUUAUUCCUUGCAUUGAUUGCAACUUCAGAAAUCAUUCAAAUGUUUGUUUAGGUACAUACAUUUAAUUUGAUGGGUUCUUAACUGGAGCACGAUAGGUAGAAACAUCAUAUACUUUUUCCAAGUUUUUAGAUACUAAAGAUAAGCUUUAGGUGGUUCAAUUCCUGUUUGGGUCUCUGUUUUGGUUAUUACAAGACAACUAUUUAGUUCCAACUAGAAAUAAAAUCUACAAUUAAGAAUUCAGGUUCUGUUUCAAAUCAACUCGUCUGUUUAAGUUAUGAUGCAUAUAUAAUCAAUCAUUGAUUUGAUGUUCUUGAGCCAUCAUGUAGCCCUGGAGGCCCUAGCGCACAAAUAUUACACAGUUCAUCAAGUGCAGUCUGAAUUCUUUCUUCACUCUCAUGCAAUCUGCCUUACAUAUUUCGACUUCAAAGUCUGCUUUCAAUUUGGGCUCGCAAUGGGAACGGCGAAACAAAGUUCAAACCUUUCUACCAUUUAAGCAAAACCUCUGUAUUAGAAGAAUCUCGGAACUGCCAAAUUCGUUGACGACUUCAAUCCACUUCGAAUUUGAAGAGGAGAAAUUGAGAAAAGAACUUGAACCCACAUCACCUACGCUACUUCCGGUUGUUAUUCGACAGUCUGAUGGUGUUUCUCAAUACUUUUGGGAUGGUAAUGCUAUAAAAUUGGUUUCUGUUGACGGGAAGCCAAUUUAUUAUGAUAAUUUUGAUGAUUUAAGAGAUGGGUGUCGAAGGCUGUUCAGAAGUUGCAGUUUGGGUGUCAGAAAUUUCUUGCUUCCCAGAGAAAUUAAUGAAAAUUAUUUGGAAUAUGUGAAAUGGAAGUUCUUGCACAGAGUCUUCAGUUCUGCUCUUCAAGUUCUUGCUACACAGGCAAUGUUCAGGGCAAUUGGAAUUGGAUAUGCUCGCUCACUUCCAUCCGCAGCAGCUCUGAGUUGGGUUUUGAAGGACGGACUUGGACGGUUAAGUAGGUGCAUCUACACAGCUAGCCUGGCGUCUGCUUUUGAUACAAACCUGAAGAGAGUUAGGUUCUCGACAUCUGUUGUUUUCAGUUUGAGCAUUGGACUUGAGUUGAUGACUCCUGCUUUCCCGCAAUACUUUUUGUUUCUUGCAUCAAUUGCCAACAUCGCUAAACAGAUCAGCCUUGCUUGUUACCUAGCAACUGGUACUGCUGUGCAUCGAAGUUUUGCAGUAGCAGAUAACCUCGGUGAAGUUUCUGCCAAGGCACAGAUUCAAACAGUCUGCUUCGACAACCUUGGUCUUAUGCUGGCUGCAACCUUAAAUAUUAUGUUAAAGAACAACCAAAGAUUGCAAGCAGGUUUACCCUUUGUCAUAUACCCAAUUUUCACAGCCAUCGAUCUGUAUGGUAUAUAUCAGAGUCUGAAACACGUGCAUUUGCAAACGUUAACAAAGGAUAGGCUAGAGAUGAUUAUAGACACAUGGAUUCAGCUGGGAUAUGUUCCUUCACCCGCAGAAGUAAGUAAAAGGGAAGGAAUCAAUUUCUUUUCAAGGAAAGGUAAACAAAAAUGGCUCAUAAGGAUUGGUUGCUUGAAUCCCAAAGGCCAAAUACCAAAGCUAUCAAUGAUGGCGAUGCAAUCUUUAAGUAAAGACGAUUUUUACUUUGUAUGCACGGAAAUCGGCUUCCAUGGCUUUCAAAGACAUGAAGGUAUUCUUCUUUGUUUACGUGAAGGAGCAAGUACUGCAGAUAUCAUCACGGGUCUCUUACAGGCGUGCUACAUCCGUGAGCGGUUGCCAUACGGGAUGAAGAAACGAAUGGAGAUUUUAGAAGGUUGUGACGAUUCACAUUUGGGUAUCAUCAAUUGGUUUAAACUGGCAGAUGAAUGCAAACAAUAUGCAAAAGGAGAUGUGAAGUUGCUAAAAGAGAAGAUGGUUGAAUUAGGUUGGACUUGUAAGAAUAUUUUGUUGAGCACCGAUGAACAAACGCGAUUUAGUUUCGUAGAUGAUUAAGAUCACACUUCCACCCGAGUCGCGAAAACGGUCUUUUUGUGAAAUAUAACGAUGAAAGUGAAGACUUCAGAGCAUCAAGAAUGAGAGGUUGUGGAGGUUCUUAUAAGUCACUACCAAUGGUACGAUGUUUUAUAGGUCACAAAAUAUUUUGAGUUAGUCUAUACAAAGUUUUUUUCAUUU